CUACAUUUAAAACAACCACUGACUAUGUCAAUGAGGCUGGUGGGCGAUUCUUGAUUAGAAUUGUUUAUCAAUACAUUUUUUUUUUUUUUUACGUGGGAAGCAUGAAAUACUCACUGUAUGCUCGAAUAAUCCAUGGAAAACUAUACGACCGCGUGACGUCACUUGCUGACCCUAUAGAUGUCCUUACAUUACCCCGCUCAGAGCUCAUCGGUUCCCAGCCCCUGUUCCCUGCGACAAGUGGAUUUCAACCAAGGCUUAAAUACUGCAGCAUCAGGACCGCUUACACUUGACGUCUGCAGACCUGGUACGGCAAUCACACCUGAUCCGCUGCACAAGACGACAACAUCAACUGCGUAGCGUCAGAGGAGGGAAAGCAGAUUCAAGAGAGAGGGCUCCAGAAGUUGUCUUUCAAGUCAAGAUCAGUGUGAAAAAUGUAUCAGGCACUAACACAGCUGUACUGGAUAUGAGCAAAUAUGGGGACUCUGCAAGAAACCAUGACAAGUCAACAGCUUUGACAGCCCAAAAGGAAAUACAUUUUUUGCAUAUGUGAAAGAUCUGUACUCUCAAUAGCGGACUCGCAUAAGAAUCCAACCUUUUUUCCCUUUAUUUUAAAACAUCCCCUUCCUCUCCACUCCGAUCAUGAAGAGUGUAUUGACUGCCCUCACUCCUUCCUGUACCACCCUCCUGUUCCUUCCUUUGUUCAUGCUCUUAUGCCCACCAGCAUUGGUCAGAGGUGACUGCUGGCUCAUCGAGGGGGAUAAAGGCUAUGUGUGGUUGGCCAUCUGCAGCCAGAACCAGCCACCAUAUGAGACAAUGCCACAGCACAUCAACAACACAGUACAUGACUUGCGACUUAAUGAGAACAAGAUCAAAGCGAUUUUUUUCACCUCCUUGAGUCGCUUCACCAAUCUGACCGACCUCAACCUUACCAAGAAUGAGAUCUCGUACAUUGAAGAUGGUGCUUUUGCGAGUCAAGCAAAUCUACAGGUGUUGCAACUUGGAUAUAACAAGUUAACCAACCUGACUGAAGGCAUGUUGCGAGGUCUGGGACGUAUGCAAUGUCUUUUCUUACAGCACAAUCUCAUAGAAGUCAUCGCCACCAAUGCAUUCUGGGAGUGCCCCAGCCUCAGCAACCUGGACCUGUCAUCGAACAAGCUUGCCCGGCUAGACCCAUCCACUUUCACUGUGUUGGGCAGGCUCAUGGGAUGUGAGCUUGCGGGAAACCCUUUCCACUGCGGCUGUGAGCUCUACAGCUUCCUGACCUGGUUAGAGGCCUUCAACAAUGUCACACACACCUAUGAUCGACUUCAGUGCGAGACCCCACGGGAGCUGUUCGGCUAUCCGUUGCUGAGUCCUGUGGCUGGGCAUGGACGGAGUGCUCGCUAUAUCCUUUCCUCUGUGUGCCGGGAUGGGGUGCUGAUUCCGGGGAUGACAUCUCUACCACCUGAUCCUGAUUCUUCUGGCAUGGGUCCUGACAUGUUUGACCACAUUGGACCAUACCAUCAGCCCACAACGUCCUCCUCAUCUGACAAUGCAUUUAGUCCCAGCAUCAAACUGCAGCAUGUGUCUCUCUCCUCUGCGUCCCUUCUGAUCCAGAUUCCAAAGCCAUACAGCAAGAUGUACAUCCUGGUGCAGUAUAAUCAGAGCUUUGUGUCAGAUGUGAUGAACUUGAAGAAUAAAAAGGAAAUGAUCACCCUUAAUAAGCUCAAACCAAACACCAACUACACCUUCUGUGUGGCAUCUAUACGCAACUCACAGCGCUACAACCACACUUGUUUAUACUUUUCUACCAGAGCUCCAAAUCCAGAUGACUUGAUGCCUCCACCCUCCACAACCACCCACUACAUCAUGACCAUUGUUGGCUGCCUCUUUGGAAUGCUGAUUGUUCUCGGGUUUGUCUACUACUGCUUGCGAAGACGACGCCGCCAGGAAGAGAAAGAGAAAUCCAUUUGUGUGAAGAAGACCAUUCUGGAAAUGCGAUAUGGACCAGAGGUGGCAGCGGCAGUUGCAAAUGACCCCACGGCCGUCCAGAAACUUCAUGAGCAAAGCCACCAUCAGCAUCACCAUGGCAAACUACCCAUGUCCUCCUCAUCCAGCUCUGCCAUGCUUGGCCAUGGUUCUGCCAACACUAGUUCCUCACGUCUGUCCUCCAUCCCUCAAGUAGAGAAGAUGGCAACUGCCUUCUCAGAGGCCAUGGCCACUAAGGGCAACUAUAUGGAUAUUAGAACCUCUAUAGGAGGAGACGAAAGGGUGAGAGAUGGAGCUGUGGUACAUGGCAUUCGGGAGGAAGACCUCAGGGAGGAUGAUGGAAGUGACCUGGGUGAUGAUUCAGAUGAUGAUGGCCGUGGAUCAGCAUCUGAGAUUUCAACAAUUGCGAUGGAGGUCGACAAGGUCAACCAGAUAAUUAACAACUGCAUUGAUGCCCUUAAGCUGGACUCUGUUGGAAGCUCUACUGUUUCCACCACAGCAAGUGGCCCCACCUCACCCCCACCUACCUCUACCUCCUCCCUGACCAGAGGACUGAUUCCCAUUUCUACCAGUAUCAGUGAUACUUGCCAAGUCCUGCCUUCCCCAAAAAUUCCUCCUCCACCCCCUCUUCCCUUCACAGCUCCUCUGUCCGAGAGACCUGGGAUCACAGGGGGCGGCUUUGUGUCACCGCCAUACCGUCCGCCUCCCCCAGCUUCUGCAGUGAGGCCUAUUCAAAGACAGAUGAGUGCCGAUGCAGCUGUCAUCGUCUCUUCUUCCAAGCGGCACUGCCGCCCUUCCAGUGGGAAAGGUCGCGUUUACAGCCUAGAUGUUCCAGAACCCCACAGCCCAGAUCCCUGCCACUAUCCAGACAAGGGCAGCCCACUGGGGUGUGGUGAGCCCCUGGAGAGGCUCCCUUUAGUAGGUAGUGGUGGAGGUGGUGGUACUGUAGAUGGGAUGGGCCUUCAGCAGCACCUGGAGGUGCACCCAGACUACCACUGUGCAGAGCAUCGUCACUCAGUCCCUGCCCUUUACUAUGAGGGCUCCCAUGACUCCCCAGCCCAAAGGGUCUCUUUUCUCAAGCCUCUGUCACGCACCAAGAGAGACGCUGCUUCCUACUCUCAGCUCUCUCCCCGUCACCACAAUUACUCUGGCUACUCCUCGAGUCCAGAGUACUCCUCCGAGAGCACCUUGCGCAUCUGGGAGCGCUUCCGUCCCCACAGAAAGGGUCCGCGCGAGGAGUCCUGUUAUGUAACGGCCGGAAACGCCUUGCGUAAAAAGGUCCAGUUUGCUAAGGGGGAGGACUUGCAUGACAUCCUUGACUACUGGAAGGGUGUGUCGGCACAGCAAAAGCUGUAAUCUAUGCGACUGCGUGGAAACACAGCGCAGGUCUCCUUCACUGCCUGAUAAACCGGAAGAGCGACUAUAGUGAGAAGUCGGGUUAUGGCUGCAGUGUGAGAAACAGAGCCAAGUUUGUCAGGGUUUGAGGACAAGUUGUUUUAAUCUGUUUUUGUACAGUGAGCCAGAAAGAGAGUAAAAGAGCCUGAGGAUACACUACAUACAUAAGAUAACAUUCAGAGAUGUAAUUUGGAGCACUGACCAUUGUCGUACUCAGUGAAAAAGGUCAGAUGGGCUUAUCAUUUGUCAAUAUUUGAAAUCAUUGUAGUUUACUCAGUAUUCAUCUGUGUAUUCAUCGUUCAUAUCAAUGAUGAGACCUUUGUAACCUGAGUCCUCUUUCAGCCUGAGACAGAAUCUCUGUUUAUACUCCCACUCGAAUCACAGGCCAUCGCAUUCAUUUGUUAGGCGGGAAUGUGUAUGAGUGUGUGUCUUAAGAGGAUAAAAUGAUGUGCUGAUUUUCUACAAACCUGUCAAAAGCAGUUCCCCCCUUCCGUAUUGCAGAGACUAUGCACAGAGCAACCAAAUUUACAUUUCAAUAGCACUCCUCAUGUGAAAAAUAAAGGAAUGGAGGGAAGGAAAAGAUAAAAAAUGAAACAGAAGAAUCUCCCUGGGGAGCUUUGGAAUAGUCAGCCGUGUUUGGCAGCUGCUUGCUGUGCUGAGCAGGAUGACAUAAAUAGUGCAAGGGGUGCUAGAGAAAAUACUGUAGAUUUACGCGAGUCUGUGGAAAAUGCGUAGAUCUGUGCUGGAGAUUAAACAGACAUAGCUCUGUGCAUCUCUCAUCACUGAUGCAUUAUUAAUAGCAUUUCCUUAUCAGAGGUUACCUUGUCACCUGUAUCACAGCAUGAGCACAAUUGGCUGUUGGCAGUAGAGGUUUAUGUAUUCUGUUCCUCUGCCCUAAGGUCAAUUUGUUUAGCCCAUUAAUUGGCUUUUGGAAGCCUGUUGCUGACAGCUGAGACAUUCAACAGGCAAAGUGACCUAGACCCUUUUAAACUGAUGCUUUAUAUGACAUGUUUCUCCAGGCUCUUGUUUGCUUGUUUGUUUAUUUAUCUAGUGGGGGGAAUUAUUAUCCAUGAUGAUGACAUUGAAAUUAUGACAGAAUAACAAGGAUAAAAAAUUAAUUAAAUUAUAUAAAAAAAUUACAAAGAAUUUAUUUUUAAUGAGUAGAUAUUUAUGAUCUUGUUAUCACUUGCCAACCUUGGGUUUCAAGCUCUUCCCACUUAAUCUCAAAUAUAGAUCUCAUAGAACUUUUCAUCUCAUAAUACAUUAUUAAUGGGAUGAUUUAUUGUAAAAAUUACAAAUAUUAUUAACUCCAACACCUCUGUCAGCCAUUAUUUUAUUAAUGUCCAGUUAGAUUAGACUAACUAAUCAGCAAUUAACCAAGGCUAUAUCCUUUAGUGCGCAAGGGUAAGCAGCCAAGACCUCCAAUUUGAUUAAAAGAGAGCACUCUUUCUUCUUCUCACAGCAACCACAUUAAGCCUACAGUUUCAUGGUCCAAUAAACCAAAAAAUUAGAUUAGUGGCACUGUGGGAAAAUAUACAUCCAUUUGCAAUGCACUCUCAUACUGUAAGUAUGAAGUGACAGGUGAGACAUCCAACGGGCACAUGAAAUCAAAUGAAUGGCGUUUACUCGGUGAAGUAUAAUUAUACCCCCACCCCCUUCUAAAUGCAUCGCAUUAGAAUAGUUUGCCCCAAACGUUAAAAUUCUGUACUCAGUCUUGUGUUGUUCCAAAACUGUAUGACUUACUUUCUUCUGCAGAACACAAGAGGUGACAUUUUGAACUGACUGUUUUCCAUACAUAUACAAUGAAUGUAGACUGAGCUUUCAAACUUCAAAAAGGACACAAAAAGUCUGUUACUCAAAGCUAUUGUGUGCCCUCAAGACUUGGAAUGUAGCAUACGAGCCACAUAAACCACUUUCAUGAUACUUUUAUGCUUUUGCAUCCUUUUUGGAGCUUAAAAGCUGCGUCAUGAUUCAUUAUAAUUGCAUGGAGAAGAGCAUGGAAAACUUUUCAGACUUCACAAUUCAUAUGGGUUUUUCUGAGAACUUGUUAACAUCACUUUGUCACAGGCACUUAACUUGACAUCACUACUGGUGAAACAUGUCUGAGAUGUCCUGUUUGAAAAUCAUGAGAUAAAUUAGAUUGAAACCAAAUGCAAACAGUUCAUAUGGGGUUUAGCAUUAGCCAACAAACCUCUUUAUUUUACCCCCUUUUUUCAGCAUCAGGUGUUUAUGUGCCUUCAGUAAAAAGGUCCAUUAUUUGUUGUAGUCCACAUAAAGAGCUGUUCUUAAUUUUUAUGCUGUGUGGUUCAUUUUCUGUAAAUCCCUUUAUUAAAUAAGGGGUUCAUUGUAAAUACAUGUUUAUAUACCAUCUUUCUUACCAUUUCUCUCGAUUAAGGUUUUUCAUUGUAAAUAUGUGAUAGAUAGCCUACCUGCCAACAUUUGACAUACACUCAGGCACAAUGUCUCUUUUGUUCUCUCUUUUUUUCGGGGGCUUUAAAAAAAUCAGUCCAAGGUGUACGACGACCGGUUGUUUAUAUGAUGCUUAAUGGUUUACACAAAGAGGAACAGCAGCAGCUACAACAUAUGUGGAUUAUUAGGGCACUAUUUGUGUACUUAAAGACAUUACAGAGAGAAAAAUUGGACCAUAACUGGACAAACUGUUCUCGGGCAACGGAAAUGGACCCAUGAAGGACUGCUACCGGAGGCUUACUGUGACAUUUUCCUUACUUUACGAACUUGAUUUUAAAACCACUUGGACUGGUCUGAAGGAACUAACCAUGAACGCUCAAUCAUAAAUGACUGUUCGUUUUUAUAACCGUAAAAUCUGAUGCCCAGCUUUAUGCUUUUAGAUCUGGUUUUUAUUGUGCCUCCCCUCAUUGACAAAGAAAAAAACAACAACAAAAAAAAAAAAACUUUGCACUCCUGUACAAAUGCUUGUCAGCCAUUUUUGCUAUGAAUUCAAAGUUGAGUAACAAAAGAGGGAAGUAAUAAUACUAUGGGCAUGGCAUCUGUAAGAUUUUCUGUUAUGUAUUAUUUGUUUAAGAAAAUGUCAACUUACUACUUUUUUUAUCAUACUUUGCUGGAGAGUAAGACUAUGGUGUUCUCUUUUCUCUUUGCUCAAGGCCAAUCUCCUUGAAUAUUCCCUCAGUGUUUUCCCAUUCGUUCAGGACAAACAGGCAAUUCAUUUAUUUCAAGUUAAGGUCUCCCUCCACCAAAUCACAUUUUUAUAUCAGACCUUUAUUCAUAUGCUAUUUCAUGAUUUAAUUCUUUCUUUCUUUCUUUUACUUGGCCUUUUAACUUUUGACUUGACAAGUCAUGCAUAAUUGCCCGGUUCAGCCAAACAACAUGUUUGUUUACUACCCUACUACAGAGCUAACAGUCAUUUUACGGCAAUGCCACUUUCUUUACGCUGAACUGAUCACAGUGGAUGGUUGAGGGUCAGAGCUAAUCCUCUUGGAAUACUGCUUUUUUUUCCAGAGUUGAAUAAUGCAUGUGUCUGUCUCUUCUUCUCAAUCCUGUGCUAAAAUAUUAUAUUCCUGCUCCAUGCUAGUCUCACUGUCAACAAUUUGAUUUUGUUAACAAUUCAGAAGUUCCUGAAGAACCUAUUUUGGCCAGAAGUGUCACGUCGACUGUUGAUACCAGCUCUGGUUGAGCAAAAUGGGGAUCUAUAGUGGACUGUAUAAUUCACGUUUGGUCAUAGAGCCAUAUUUUUAAUAGCCUCUUUAUACUAAUAGGUUAUUUCUGAAGACCCUCUCACUAUAGUUGUGUUAAGGAAGUUGGUUGUACUAAGAGUAGAAAAUACUUUGACAUUAAUCAUUGUCAGCUUUCAGCAAUAUUACACAGAGCGUAAAGUGGAUUACUCUUCCACAGCAGUUUUUACUUUUCUAAGCUCUUUAGCCUCCUCUUAGUGUUAGACACUAUGGAAGGAGAUUGGCUUGAAGAGAGCAAAAGAGAUAUGGUUUAAUGCUUUGAAACAAGAUUUUCAUUCCAGCCUCCUUUCAUUUUAAUGGCCUUGGAAUCACGAGAAAGUGACAAAAGUGAAACUUCUGUAGGUAAUUAACUAGUUCUGUUAUAUCAUAAAUCCCUAUUAUUCAUUACUUCUUUUGAAACUAAGGUUGCUUUGAGUCCAGAGUCUUCACUAAUUUGUAUUGCAGUUCUCAAUUUGUAAUGAACACAUUUAAAAUCAUUUACUUCUUUAUACAAGAACGGAAUCCUUAAUAAUUACUCAGGACCAAACAUUGUUUUGUCAAGCUUAUUAUUGCCCCUUAAAUCCAGUGCAAACGACUACAUGCAGUCACCGCGUUCUGAUGUGUCUUUGAUGGUCCCCCUCGUUGGCUUUGCCUGUCUUUGUUCAUGCUCAAAAGAAGCCUAGAGAAAAUCACUCCGAGGGUCUCUGGAGUCAGGAUAAUUGUGCCUCUUAUAUGAAGCUUUUAAGUCGUUUUCUCCCUCUUUGCGCAGAAGAGCACCACACUGCCAUGUUUUCCCUCUGAUAUUUUCCGCUUGUUUGUUCUUUUCUCUCAAAUGUUCUCUGAAUUCUGGUUUGACGGCGGGGUGGAAAACACGGCAGGAUUGCCAGAGACAGGCUGCAGGAUGGAUAACCGCAAUUGUUUAGACCUAGAGGAGACAAUAAAAGGGCCCGUUUCUGUGCUUCUCCAACAUGCAGCCCAUGGGCUUUGAUAACCUAAUUAAGGCAUAAAUCUUUAUAUUAAACUGUGAUGGAGAGACAAAAGCAUGCACUGAGUGAAGAAACAAGAGCAGGAGAGAGGGGUUAACUGUGAACGGGCUCAUCAAAGUGAGUCAGAGAAUGCCGGUAUGAUGAUGAAAAACACAUUAAACACUCAGGAUCAGGAGGAGACAGUAAAUCAGGGCUGGAGAUGAUGCAGCAAGUGUGUGGGAGUACUUUGAGAGGAGAGAGAGGAACAGAGUACGCAAGCUGCUUCAACCUGAUAAUGACUGGAGCCUUGAAUGAAUAAGCAACAUGCUCAAUCUGUAAUGCUAUGAAGGGGAGGGGGGAGGGAAGCUACCUUAGAUGAUUAGAGAGUUUAAAUUGCUUUUGAUCACCUAUUUAGAUCCAAAUGUUUGUGGUUCUUUGGUUCAGUUCAAAGGGAUAGUUCACCCAAAAAUGAAAAGAGUUUUGUUUUGUUUUGUUUUUUGUUUCGUUUCAUUUAGUUUUGUUUCAUUUUGUUUGAAGCAUAAAAGCCAUGGUCGCUAUGAAAAAGCUGUGUGAACAUUCUUUUAAAAUAUCACUCUUUUGUUAUUCCAUAGAAGAAAGUAAGUAAGUUGCAUUUUGGAAUGUAAAUAAUGUUAGAAUUGUAAUUUUUGGAUGAACUACCCUGCAAAAAAAUGCUUUUCUUAGAUUUUUUGUCUCGUUUCCAGCCAAAAUAUCUAAAAAAAGAGAAAAGGAUUUUCUAGACAAGUAAAAAUUAUUGUCUUGUUUUCAGAAAGAAAAAAAAAAGUCAAAAUUAAGCGAGUUUUUGCCCAUUCUGCCAUUGGGGUAAGCAAAAUAAUCUUGUUUUCUGUUUGAAAUAAGAUUAUUUUGUUUACCCCACUGGCAGAUUAUUUUGCUUGUUCUAAGCAAAAACACACUUAAUUUUGUCUUUUUUUUUUCUGAAAACAAGACAAUAAUUUUUACUUGUCUAGAAAAUCCUUCUUGAUUUAAGAAUUUUUAGAUAUUUUGGCUGAAAACAAGACAAAAAAUCUAAGUAAGAAAAGCAUUAUUUUUUUUAUUUUUUUCAGUGUAGUAACAGCUUUGCUCUCUCCACUCAGAAAUCGUGGGAAAUGUUUCAAAUACACAUGGAAAUGUCAAAGGAGCUAACUAGAAUUUUCCCAGCGAUUCACACUAGGAGAGCACACCAGUUAAUCCUCUCCAUCACUCACUUCUCAAUUAAAUUCAGACUCCAUCAGCUUGCUGUCCUUGUAAUCUUUCGCUCAUUCCCUCUGUAGUCUCACUCUCCGUCUACAGGCCAACAUGUCAAGCUAUCACUGGAGCAUCACUCCCAUAUUCAGACACCGCUGUCACUGCUGUCUGAAUAUGGGAUUGAUGCUCCAGUAACAUGCUGUGAAGAAGAACAGAGGACAUUUAAUUAAACCACUAAGACUUUAUUUGUUUGUUUCGAUGGAUGAUACAACAGUAGUGUUGGUCUUUAUACCAUUAUUUUCUUGCAACUGCAAGUGUCCAACAAUAGGGCUCACAGAGAAAAAGAGAAUGGCAUUUGUUUAGUUAUGUGAAGGGGACCUUUCAGUACAAUUACAUUUUUAAUAUAAAACUUCUCGUUAACUCCCUCGUGAGUUUUUUUUAAAUGCAAGUCCAAAAUGUUUUGCAUAGAGGGGUUUGUGCACUAAUUGUGAUGGACAUUUUUAAUUUUUUGUGGAAACAUGCACAGCUCAGAGUGUUUUUUGUGUAUAAAUUGCUGAGGAUUCACAGAAUGUGACUUACAGCCUGACUUUGGUACUUCGUAAAGCGGGUAGAAAUCGCAGAGUAGGAGUUUGAGGGGGUGGUGUUUGGGUCUACUCUGUCAUUGAUUUGAUUAUUUUUACAGUCAAUUUCAACACUCAAAUAAUAUGUUUUGCUGCACGUGAGGGUGAAAUGUACGAAAGGGUGACCCAAGGGCCUUUAGUUUUUCAUGUUGUUUUGUUUUAAUCCUCCAGUAUAAUAAUCUCCUCACAUGAUGUUGGCAUGCAGUUGGCAGGUCUGUCUAUGUGCUCUUGAGCAUCUUUGAGCCUUCACAUGUCCCAAAAUACGGCUCAGGAACUUUUAUGACGAUUAUUAGCUUGCAUCUUCUUUUCUUCUCAUUUGUUUUAUUAGCCCUCCUUUCACAAAUAUGAUAUCCUGUUCCAAAAAACAGGAGGUAAAUAGUAGACAAAUAGCUAUAUUUGUGAAUUUCAAACUUUGUAAAAAGAUCAAAGUUGUUUUUUGUCACUGAAGUUCUAAUUGUAAUUGUUAUUAUUAUGUUUCGGGGUGGGAUGUUUUCGGGUGAUCUUAGGGUAACAUGUUGUAUAGCUUUUGACUGGGUUAAGACAGUGAUCGACAUUAUCCAGAUCUGAUUCAAUCUGAGGCCAUAGAAAGUGGCAGAAAAAGAAACAAAGUGUUAUGUUUGCAUGAUUUCCUGUAUUUUUCAAAGAGAUGAAUUAUAUUGUUGUGUAUAUUGAGUGGAUAUAUGUUGCAAACAAAGCAAAAAUUAGGCAUUGAAAUAUUGUCAGAACUUGCCAUCAUUUUGAGGGAUGAUACUGAGGUUUAUUUAUGCCUCAACGAUGCUGAACUACUUCCAUUGCUGUCACUGAAAUACUUAUUACCAUUUUAAACCAAGAAAAAAGCUGCCUGAAACUGCCAUGGGAAAGCUUUGUAUUCUGCCAUAAAAGAAGAAGAAGGAUUUAUAAGUCAGUCUUGUUUAGUGCCAAAAUAAGACCUUUAUCACUUAUGGUUAUUUCUCUGCAAUGAAAAAGAAAAGUGAGAUCCUAGCUGGGUCAAUUCAUCCUUUGCAGAACUCAGUGCCGCCCAGCAGACUCCAGAUCAAUAAAUGAGAGUAUACGGCACAUCCACUACAUUAACCUUGCAGGUGUCCCGCAGUAGCCCCUCGCCUCGGCUGGAGAAAAACAUUCUCCCGUGCACGGCUGCUCGUUGGAUCAAUGAUAAAGUAAACAUCAGCGAAUGAAUGUUUCAGCGUUUCUGAGAAGCCAGUGGGUGGAAUAGUCCACGGGCAGUGAAAGAGAGGUACUUAGAGAAGGGCUGGUCUGUUCGGGAGGCUGGAGUCUCUGGAGGCUGUAGAGGAUGUCAUUCUCUAUUUGGCCUGACUGAAUGAAGAGGCCUGCAUUGAUUAUUUAAGGCCGAAAGGCCACAAUGGCAUGUCUUGAGCCAAACCACAACACCAAGCUAAUCACGUCUGAACUCUUGCCAAUGGCCCUUCAGUUCAUUCUCCUCUUAGAGCACUAUACAUAUAUAAAUAAUAGACUACACAUAGCAUUUCACUGGUCGAGAGUAGGAUUCUGAAAAAAGGCAGAAAUGUGAGAAAAAUAAACAUUUGAAGGUUGUUUUUUUUUUUUUUUUUUUUGAAGUGGAAAGCAAAGCUUUUCCAUGGAAACAAACAAAAAAUCUCCAACUGUGAGUGAGCUUUAUAAUACUUUAAUAUUGGACAAGUAUCUGAUCCUUCAGCUACAGGAUUUGACAGAAUUUUAAAUGAAUUUCAGUGGUUUUAAAGAGCCUCAUCCACAAUCAGAGAUCAGCUGUAUAUUUCUUUGCCUCUCUUUCUAUCUUAGGAAUGGAUCUCAAAAAGAACACAAUUUCUUUGAUGUGAAGGGGGAAAAAAGCCUCUGAAAUGGUUUACUUACAUUUAUUUUGCUGGUAAUUAUAUCCUACAUCUUCACCACAAAUUCUGUACAAAAGAUCUAUUUCUAUAUUUGCAAUAAAUUUGUAAUAAAAAAGCUUCAGAUGCAUUAACUGGUUAAUUCACACAAAAUAUUGCCACAUAUCCUUGAAAAUGCAUUGGUAUUCUGCAAAUCUCAUCUUGUCUCAUCUUUUUUUGUUUGACCAUGGAGAGUUAGAAGUGUUGCUAUUGAAUGCUGCUAAGU